GAUGCAGGACGCCAUGGGCCACGAGCUGCCCUGGAUUUACUUCGUCAGCCUCGUCAUCUUCGGAUCCUUCUUCGUCCUCAACCUGGUGCUGGGGGUGCUCAGCGGUGAGUUCUCCAAGGAACGUGAGAAGGCCAAAGCUCGCGGCGACUUCCAGAAGCUGCGGGAGAAGCAGCAGCUGGAGGAGGAUCUGAGGGGCUACAUGGAGUGGAUCACACAGGCCGAGGACAUGGAGGGGGACGAGGACGAGCACGAGAAGCACCGGCUGACGACGGAGGAGCUGAUGGGGAAGAGGAAACCACGACUCAAAUGGCUGCGACACGCGAGUCACUCCACGGAUACACACGCCAGCCUCCCUGGUAGCGAGACCACGUCGGUGAACACUGAGACAGCGGGGGAGGAGGAAACACAACCCAACGCCUGCGACCGGUGUCUGUGA